AAUGGCAGUCUAUUUGUAAACAACGAGUGAUUGAGUAUUGAAUGCAUUGAUCACUAAAUCGUGAAUCAAAUCAACGAUUGACUCAAAUGUCGAGAGUUUUGAUCGCAUUAUCAUUUGCACAUCGGGUGACCCCACGAGCACUGAAAUGCCAUUCACAGGGCGCUCGAGGUGUGAGCAGCUCUUCGGUGGUCUUCGGCGGCGGAGAGUAUAAACAGUUGGGAAGAAUCGACUCAAUGGAGUGGAAAGACAUCACUGAGCGGUCGCUGCAGUCGAUACUGAUGACGGAGAUGGCUCGGGGUAUGGGUGUGGCGUUGGGGCAGAUCUUCAAGGAGCCGGCGACCAUCAACUACCCCUUCGAGAAGGGACCCCUCAGUCCACGCUUUCGUGGGGAACACGCCCUCAGACGCUACCCGUCCGGUGAGGAGCGGUGUAUUGCCUGCAAACUGUGUGAAGCCAUAUGUCCGGCGCAGGCCAUCACCAUCGAGGCCGAGGAGAGGGCCGAUGGCAGCCGUCGGACCACCCGUUACGACAUAGAUAUGACGAAAUGCAUAUACUGUGGCUUCUGUCAGGAGGCCUGUCCUGUCGACGCCAUCGUCGAGGGCCCCAACUUUGAGUACUCCACCGAAACCCAUGAGGAACUGCUCUAUAAUAAGGAGAAGCUGUUGAACAACGGCGACAAAUGGGAGGCAGAGAUCGCCGCCAACUUAGAGGCCGACCAUCUCUACCGAUAGACUCGGCUUUGAAUUGUUGUUUUAGUUCACUAUAUAUUAUGUUAUAUAUUAGGCAUUGAUUUAAUUGAUUCAAUCAAUAAUAGUAAUAAAGAUCUAAUUUAAAGAUUUUAA